AUGUCCACGUCUUAUAGUUUUCAAACGCAGUAUAACACAGGUGGGGCACCAUGUGAUGCAUAUCCACUUAAUGAAUCUGAAUACAACGGCAUCAACUACUUCGAUGUCAUCUCAAACCUCAGUAUAAGCACAUCUGACGUCUACAAUGCAUUUGACCAAAAUCUCUUCUCAUCAUUUCCAAGAAGACGUUCCUUGAUCUUUAUUCCUGAAUUCAAAAGGUGGUUUUGCAGCCGUCUCGAGUCAGUUGGCGUCAUACCUCAACAGAUAGAGCUGGUUAAAGUGUUACUUGAUAUGAAAAACAUUCCACAAAAUCUACCUGCACAUCCAAUAUCCGAGCAAAUGUUGUCAGCAGUGGGAAUAUUUUUCGGAUUCAGACAGAGUUAUCCUUGGGCAGGGCUGCUGGGUUGGAAUAUCCUCUCAGCAAUGAAUAUCUCCUUGGAUAACUUGAGUACAACUGCCGAUGUUUCUCAAGCCAUGAACUUGUGUAAGGGUGCGUCCGGCAGGCGGGUAUUGACGAUCAUCGAUUGUCUUAAUGAGGUGUACAACCUGGGUGUUCAUCCAUGUUUGGCACUCUCUUUUGUCGCUAGAAUAAAAGGUUCCGAGUUCUCUGAUGAGUUUAAACGCCAAUUGUAUAAGAAUGAGGUGCCACUUAACUCUGAGUGGAAUAAUUAUACUGAUGAAGCAAUAGAAUGCUUUGAUUCCGCCUCUGCAGUUGUGGCCGCAAGACAAAAUCAAAGUCCAUCCAUGCAGAUGAAGAAGAAGAGAAGAUACGAAGAUGAGGGAGUCAUGACUCCAGAUGAUACAGAUCUGGACUGCUUUGGAUGCAACAAGAAAGGUUGCUUUGACAAAUACUGCAGUGUGAGUGUGCAAGAAGUUACCUAUGAGUAA